UGUACUGCUACUAUUACUACUACUACUACUACGGUAGAUCGUAGCACCCGCCCUACGGAUCGGCAUUGCGAUGAGAAGCUCGUCUCAAGGGCUUAUCCACAACGCUCUUGACUAUUGACAUCAUCUCACCAACGGAUCAUUUUUCACUUACUUCAGGUGAAAGGACUAACAUUCUCUCGAUACAUAAAGGGAGAAGAGGAGAAACUGAAUCAUACACUCAUAACUAGUAUAAACCAAGUGGAGCUAGCAGAGCUGUGACUGGCUCAGGUGACUGGCUCAGGUGACUGGCUCAGGUCAGGAAUGGUGGAUAACUUGCCGGUAGGAGAGGGGACCUUCCUGUAUUACGCCAGCUUUCUUGCUGAACAUCACGAAUCGGACAUGGUGAUAGACACAGGUGUCUACCAGGCAGUGCCCUCCCCGUUUUCAGAGGACGACCUGAGUGACUCGUCCAGCCCUCGCUCCUGCUCCAGCCCUGAGUCCCAGGUGCUGGGUUCCAGCUACGGCAGCAGCAGCAGCAGUGGAGAGAGCCAGGAUGGUCUCCUGGACUUCCUGCUCUCCCAGGCCACCCUUGGAAGUGGAGUUACUCCCACUCUAUCUCCCUCAGUACCACCCAUCCUCCCCAGGGGUUUAGCAUGGGAGUCGAAGACGGACCGCCUGUUUCAGCCAACCAAAGAGGAGUGCUUUGAGUUCCCUGUGUUCCCAGUGGACCUGGAGGAUCAUGUGGGGCUGCUGUUUCAGCCCACCCUGGAGGAGAUAGAGGAGUUCCUGGAGGAGAAUAUGGAGGUGGUGACGUUGAAGAAGGAGGCUAGUGAGGGAGGGAUGUUGGAUGUAGACAGUCAGGUGACAGGGUUAGAACCUGGGCUAGAGCAGUCAGUACCUGUUGCCAGGGCUACUGUACCCACCACAGAGACCAAAUACACAGCAACAUCCACAACAACACAUUCCAACGGUUGUAGUGGGAUUAAACAGGAGGAACCUGCUGAAACACCAGCCUCGGGGGAGGGGUCUGGCUUGACACCUGUCAUCUUGCAGAUUCAACCAAUCCAGAUUAAGCAAGAGCCCAGCCCAGGUGUGAUACCAACACCAGUACCACCGCAGACCACCCUGCCCUCCUCAGACAUCAAAAUCGCCCAGCUCCUGGUCAACAUCCAGGGCCAGACGUUUGCCCUGGUGCCCCAGCUGGUGUCUCCAGCUAAUCUCAAUGGUACAUCUUCCAAAUUUGUGCGCAUCGCACCCGUACCCAUCGCCGCCAAGCCCCUGGGUCUCAGGGAGAGUGGGCUUUCAGGUGACCAGGCUGCAGGGAUCCUGGUGGGAGGACAGAAGUUCCAGAAAAGCACGGUUACGGACCUUAUAAAAAUGCAUAAGUGCACUUUCCCUGGCUGUGCCAAGAUGUACACCAAGAGCAGCCACCUGAAGGCCCACCUGAGGAGGCACACAGGGGAAAAGCCCUUCGCCUGCACCUGGCCUGGCUGUGGAUGGAGGUUUUCGAGGUCAGACGAACUCUCCAGACACCGGCGCUCUCACUCUGGAGUGAAGCCUUAUCAGUGUCCCAUCUGCGAGAAGAAGUUUGCCCGCAGCGAUCACCUGUCCAAACACAUCAAAGUCCACCGCUUUCCAAGAAACAGCAGGACAGUGCGAUCCGCAAACUGAGCACAUUGACCUCCCGGUCCUGCUAGACUGAGGCCACGCCACAGGACACAUGGAGAGACAGAGAGAGAAUGUUUGUGAGAGAGAGUGAAUGAAUGUGGGAGAUUGCUAAUAGCAGAGGGGACAGUGGGACAGACAGAAUGAAUGUGGGAGAUUGCUAAUAGCAGAGGGGACAGUGGGACAGACAGAAUGAAUGUGGGAGAUUGCUAAUAGCAGAGGGGACAGUGGGACGGACAGAAUGAAUGUGGGAGAUUGCUAAUAGCAGAGGGGACAGUGGGACAGACAGAAUGAAUGUGGGAGAUUGCUAAUAGCAGAGGGGACAGUGGGACGGACAGAAUGAAUGUGGGAGAUUGCUAAUAGCAGAGGGGACAGUGGGACGGACAGAAUGAAUGUGGGAGAUUGCUAAUAGCAGAGGGGACAGUGGGACAGACAGAAUGAAUGUGGGAGAUUGCUAAUAGCAGAGGGGACAGUGGGACAGACAGAAUGAAUGUGGGAGAUUGCUAAUAGCAGAGGGGACAGUGGGACAGACAGAAUGAAUGUGGGAGAUUGCUAAUAGCAGAGGGGACAGUGGGACGGACAGAAUGAAUGUGGGAGAUUGCUAAUAGCAGAGGGGACAGUGGGACGGACAGAAUGAAUGUGGGAGAUUGCUAAUAGCAGAGGGGACAGUGGGACGGACAGAAUGAAUGUGGGAGAUUGCUAAUAGCAGAGGGGACAGUGGGACGGACAGAAUGAAUGUGGGAGAUUGCUAAUAGCAGAGGGGACAGUGGGACAGACAGAAUGAAUGUGGGAGAUUGCUAAUAGCAGAGGGGACAGUGGGACGGACAGAAUGAAUGUGGGAGAUUGCUAAUAGCAGAGGGGACAGUGGGACAGACAGAAUGAAUGUGGGAGAUUGCUAAUAGCAGAGGGGACAGUGGGACAGACAGAAUGAAUGUGGGAGAUUGCUUACAGCAGAGGGGACAGUGGGACAGACAGAAUGAAUGUGGGAGAUUGCUAAUAGCAGAGGGGACAGUGGGACAGACAGAAUGAAUGUGGGAGAUUGCUAAUAGCAGAGGGGACAGUGGGACGGACAGAAUUAAUGUGGGAGAUUGCUAAUAGCAGAGGGGACAGUGGGACAGACAGAAUGAAUGUGGGAGAUUGCUAAUAGCAGAGGGGACAGUGGGACGGACAGAAUGAAUGUGGGAGAUUGCUAAUAGCAGAGGGGACAGUGGGACGGACAGAAUGAAUGUGGGAGAUUGCUAAUAGCAGAGGGGACAGUGGGACGGACAGAAUGAAUGUGGGAGAUUGCUAAUAGCAGAGGGGACAGUGGGACGGACAGAAUGAAUGUGGGAGAUUGCUAAUAGCAGAGGGGACAGUGGGACGGACAGAAUGAAUGUGGGAGAUUGCUAAUAGCAGAGGGGACAGUGGGACGGACAGAAUGAAUGUGGGAGAUUGCUAAUAGCAGAGGGGACAGUGGGACGGACAGAAUGAAUGUGGGAGAUUGCUAAUAGCAGAGGGGACAGUGGGACGGACAGAAUGAAUGUGGGAGAUUGCUAAUAGCAGAGGGGACAGUGGGACAGGCAGAAUGAACUUUCAAACAACAGUUAAAAGGGAGAGAGUGUUUGAAGGUUUUGUUUGUUUAUGUGUGUGUGUGACGCACGUUGGUGGUACUGUGAUAAUUUAUUGAGUAAUGCAGAGACUCAAAAGAGAAAACAUUUUGAAAAAACAAGAACUGUUACAUAACAUGACAUCUUCACUGGUGCACGAUGGGAAGUUCAGUGCUUUAUCGGGAUUUACACUUAAAAGCAAUGUUCCCGCGUUCGCGGAGACUGCAUUCACAGUAAACGCUGCAUAUGCCGGCUCAAUCGGAAAUUACUUUUACAUUUCAAUGUCGCUAUAGCACUGAACUUCUGCAGCACAGAUUGAAUCGAGUCCUAAGUUUCUUGUAAAUAGCUUUUCUUCAUUUUUUAAAGUUUUUUUUUCUCAUAAAAAUGUUUAAGAUACGAUUUGAGAAUAUAAAAGAGGUUUUGUUAUGCAAAGUAUUUUUACACUUUGAGGUUUGAAUUAAUUGUUGUUGAUGUACCUGCCUAUCAUUAAUGCAUCAACAUUCCUUCUGCUAUAUGAUGAAAUUAUCUUCUCAUCACCGAGGGAGUUUUUACUAUGUACUUCUUCAAGCCAAAAAAUUACUAUUAAUACUCAAACGUUCAUGUUGAACUACUGAUCAUGAUCAGAAUCAUGCCAUUAUAAGCUACCUGCAACAUGUGGAGGCUGUCUCCUAUUUUCACUACGGGAGCAAUAUGACGACUCAUGCCUGGUAAAGGCUGGAUCAGCUAACAGUGAACAGCCAACUGCAAUACAACGAGGUGCAGCAGAAAAUAUUUGAUGUUUUAUGGUGUGUUGUUUAUAUGUGAACCGGCUGGCUUUCUGAUCACAAUUGAAGACAUUGAAGAACUUUUCCUUUUGUAUAUUUGUAUACAUUAGCUGGAGGAGUGGUUAUUGUCAUUUUCUUUCAUUUUGUGUUAUGUCAUUGGCGCUUAAAGCUGGCCUUCUCUGGGGCCAAUAUGCCAACUGAGUAGGCCUACGUAGUAUCUGUUUGAAUAUAAUGAUAACACUUAACCCGUUGGUGACUGUAUUAAAUCUUCAUAGCACAUAAGCAUUGAAUGCCUA